UUGAUUUUCACUUUUAAUAAUGACGCGAACGUAGAAGUAGAGUUUAAAGCCUCUUCUUCCCAGAUUCAGAUUGCCAUGUUUCCGGUUAUCAUUCUCAGAUUUAUGGCUGCAGAUCUUCUGAUUAUUUGUUCUACAGUCAGAUCAUAAACAAACUGUUUAUGAACAUUUUCUGUAGCAGAGUUUGUGUUUGCUAUGACUCUUAUGCACGUUACAUGUUACCAAACAUGACAUUGUAUUUUGAGUUGAAGAAUACAUGGAGGAGACAACGGACGAUACGAGGCUGGCGGAAGGACCAGUUCAUAAUGCCCAAUGGUGGCAGUCAGGUCUUAUUGAUAAAUUGCGGAAAAUUUCCCUGGCUUCUCCAGAUGAAACCUCAAGUUCCAAAUCAAAAGGUCAGCUUGACUGUGGGAGUCCAGCAUUUCAUUUAGCAUCACAGACUUUGUGGGACACUGGAAAACUAGCAGAACCAAUCCCAGAUGGUUUCUACUUUGUCUAUCCAGAAAGAAGAUUCACGGAGCUUUUUUAUUCCAUUCCCUCUAUAGAUGAGCUCCAGGCCUUGGAUGCUGAUGGCCUCAGGCCCAAUGUUAUUCUUGUUGAUGCACGUAAAGAUAAGAAACUUUCUAUGUUAAAGCAGCUAGCCAUCAAAUUGGUGAGGGGACUCAAUCCAAAUCCUGCCGCCACAAUCAAGAAGCUAGCUGGAUUGGUCUGUGAUUUCUUCAAAAGACCCAAAUUGGAACCCGGUCAUGUGAGAGGCGCACUUGAAGAAGUCUCUCAUGCAUUAGACAAUCAAGGUAUCCAUAUGCUCGGCCAUGUAAAGUAUGGUUCUUGCCAUUCCAAAGCUAUCUUGUUCAAAGUUCUUGCUGACACUGUUGGCCUUGAAUGUAUGCUUAUGAUGGGUUUACAUAGAGAAGGUGUAAUACAGCGAUCAGAUGCGUAUAGGGACAUGUCUGCCAUAGUUGUUUUAAAUUCUGUUGAGUUUUUGGUCGAUCUUGCACGUAACCCUGGGAAGUUGGUGCCGUGCUCAGCAAAGGCAGUCCUUCUCUCUCAUCUCUCUGCUGGUGAAAGUGAUUCUGCCGAGUAUGAUUCAUAUGAUUCACCUAUUGAACCAAAUAGCCCAGUGCGUGGAUUUUCAGAUCAAACAGAAGUGGAAGGAUUAUCUCACAGUGAUCCAAAUGUAGCAAAUUCAUUUUGGCAGAGUCGAAAGAAAGCCAUAGCGGAACAAAGGACCACAAGUUCAAGUCCCGAGCAUCCUCUCUUCCGUGGACAUGGGCGAUCUUUGCUUGGAGAUCGCAGACAUUCAUUCCGAGUGUAUGACAAUGAUAUCAAUGCAUCAAGGUCUGUUGGUGCAUCUCCAAUAGAAUCUCGCAGAAGAAGACGGCGAUGUAUUAGCAUGGUUCCUGAGAUUGGUGAUGAUAUAGUGAGGGCUGUUCGAGAAAUGAGUGAAACUCUCAAGAGAAAUCGUCAUCCAGAGGAACAAGUAUCUUCUUCUUAUAGCUGUUCCGCGAGUGAACAAGAAGACUGCUCAGAACCUCGAGGAAGUGUGUCAAGGUUCAAUCCGGACGCACAUGAUGGGUUAUAUGGUCAAAAGCCUUUGGCAUGUAAACUUCCCCUGAAUCUGAAACAAUUACACUCUCACAAGGCAGUCUCUAUGCCUUCUUCUCCUCAGAGGUUUUCCAGGAAAGCUUCUCUUAUGAGUGACACACCAGAAAAUUUUGCGAAUCCUGAUAUGAUGUCAACAUUCAGUAAAGUGCUUGAAUCGUCAAAGUUCCUGAACCAGCCACUGCUACCCUUUGAAGAAUGGAAUAUUGAUUUUUCUGAGAUAACUAUCGGAGCUCGUGUAGGAAUUGGAUUCUUUGGUGAAGUUUUUCGUGGCACGUGGAAUGGGUUAGAGGUUGCUAUUAAAGUAUUUCUUGAGCAAGAUCCGACUGCUGAGAAUAUUGAAGACUUCUGCAAUGAGAUAUCUAUCUUGAGCCGGAUUCGCCACCCAAAUGUUAUAUUAUUCCUUGGUGCGUGCACAACACCUCCGCGCCUGUCCCUAGUUACUGAAUUUAUGGAAAUGAGUUCACUGUAUUACUUAAUCCAUGCAAGUGCGCUGAAAAAGAAGCUGAGCUGGCAAAGGAGACUCAAAAUGCUUGUUGAUAUAUGCAGGGGAUUAACAAGCAUACAUCGAAUGAACGUGGUACACCGUGAUCUGAAAAGUGCAAAUUGCCUUGUGAACAAGCAUUGGGUGGUGAAGAUAUGUGAUUUUGGACUUUCGCGGAAACUGAUCACCAGGCCCAUGAAAGACUCUUCUUCAGCUGGAACGCCAGAGUGGAUGGCACCAGAACUAAUUCGCAAUGAGCCCUUCACAGAAAAGUGCGACAUCUUCAGCCUGGGUGUCAUAAUGUGGGAGCUCUGCACACUCAAAAGGCCAUGGGAAGGCAUACCAUCUGUACAGGUAGUUUAUGCUGUUGGCCACGACAGGCAGACACUUGAAAUCCCAGAAGGUCCUCUAGGCAAGCUGAUAGCAGAUUGCUGGGCUGAACCAGAUGAACGACCAAGCUGUCAGGAGAUACUGUCGCGCCUGCAAGAAUGCGAGCUCUUAUUGUGCUAAU